AUGAUGGCUAUAUUAUAUAAAUAUCAAAUAUUAUUUGUAUCUCUUUUAUUAUUGGCUGUUGUAGGUACUACCAAUUCAAUAAAGAUCAAUAUUGAUAACAAUAUUAAAUUGGAUACUGUAAAUGGAUAUCAAGUCGGUGUUGGUAUCUAUGAUGUUACUGGUCCCGCUGCUGAAACUGGUAUGAUGGGUUACGCUGUACCACAACAAGUAACAGAGGGAUUACAUUUCCGUUUGAGAGCAAGAGCCUUUGCUUUUAUGGACUCUAAUGGUAGUCGUGCUGUUUACGUCAGCGUCGAUGCAUGUAUGAUAUUCCAAGCUGUAAAACUUCAAGUAGUUCAAAUGUUGACCGAUCACUUUGGACCAAUGAUUUACAAUGAAGAUAAUGUACUUUUAUCUGGUAUUCAUACUCAUAGUGGACCAGCAGGAUAUUCGAAAUAUGCACUUUAUGGUAUUACAGCACUUGGUUUCUACCAAGAGAACUUUGACGUAAUUUGUAAUGGAAUUUUCCAAGCUAUUUUGAUGGCUCAUAAUGAUCUCCAGCCAGGAUCAAUCUCUGUCACUCAAUCAACUUUGUAUAAUUCAAAUAUUAAUCGUUCACCAAAUGCAUACUUAAAUAACCCUCUCGAAGAAAGACUUAAAUAUCAAGAUGAUGUCGAUAAAAAUAUUACUGUUCUAAAGAUUGAAGAUGCAGCUGGUUCUCCAAUAGGUGCAAUCACAUUCUUUGCAGUACAUUGUGUUAGUAUGAACAAUACUAAUCAUUUAAUCAGUGGUGAUAAUAAAGGUUAUGCUUCAUAUAUGUUUGAAAAGUAUAUGAAUGGUAAUAAUACUUUGCCUGGCUUUGGUGGCUUUGUUGCUGCCUUUGGACAAUCGAAUGAAGGAGACGUGAGUCCAAACGUGAAUGGUCCAUUGUGCCGUGAUGGUUCUCCUUGUGCUCCAGACUCAACAUGUAACGGAAAGAACGAGGGUUGUUACGCCGAAGGUCCAGGCAAAGAUAUGUUCGAUAGUACAAAGAUUAUUGGUUCCAAUCAAUUCGAAAAAGCAUUGGAAAUGUUCCAAUCCACCAAUCAAAUGCCAAUCAGUAUGGCGGGUAUCAACUAUCGUCAUUCAUGGUUGCCAAUUACCAACAUCACAGUGUAUCCACCGUUUACACCAACCGCUACACCAGCCACCACAUGUAGAGCUGCCAUGGGAUAUUCUUUUGCCGCAGGUACCACCGAUGGUCCAGGAGCAUUUGAUUUCACACAAAACGAUAAUUCCUCUACCAAUCCAUUCUGGAAUUUCAUCUCCAAAUUCAUUGCCGAUCCAACCGAAGAACAAAAAGAAUGUCAAUCACCAAAGCCAAUUCUAUUGGAUGUAGGUUUAACUGCUAAUUUACUAAUGUUAACUUUUCUUUUCAAAUCAAUUAGACAAACAAAACCAAUUCCAUGGCAACCAGAUAUUGUACCAAUUCAAAUCAUUACUAUUGGUAAUAUUGUUUUAUGUGCAGUUCCAGGAGAAUUUACAACUAUGUCAGGUAGAAGAUUACGUGAACAAAUUGCUGGAAUUAUUGGAAAUUCUCUUGGUGCCGAUCCAAUUGUUUUGGUUGCCGGUCUAUCUAACACAUACAGUGGUUAUAUUGCAACCUAUGAGGAGUAUCAAGUUCAAAGAUUCGAAGCUGCAGCUACAGCUUACGGACCACACACACUUGGCGCUUACCAACAAGAGUUUGGAAAGUUGGCACAAUCGAUCGUCGACAAGACACUAGUGCCACCAGGACCACCUCCAAGAAAUAUGACUGGACAUACCUUCUUCUUCCUCCCGCCAGUCAUCUAUGACGAUGCUCCAGGUGGACGUUUCGGUGCUGUCUAUCAAGACGUCGAGUCAACCUACCAAAUCGGUCAGAAUGCACCCGUCCAAGUGGUAUUCUACGGUGCCAAUCUCAGAAAUAACUUUAUGACUCAGAGCAGCUUCUUGACCGUCGACUAUGAAGAGCAACCUGGCAAGUGGACAACAGUACUGAACGAUGGUGAUUGGGAUACUCGUUUAUACUGGAAGAUGCAUGAUCUCUCACAAAGCUUAAUCACAAUCGAAUGGUUCAUCGGAGAGACAUUCCCAGUUCAACCUGGAACCUACAGAAUCACACACUCUGGUUUUGCAAAACCAAGUGCACUUUCCGACAAGAGAAUUCCAUACUAUGGAGAAUCAAGUACUUUUCAAUUUAAAUAUUUGUAUUUCAAGAUGAAUUCAACAAAUACAAUGAAAUUCCCAAGUAAAGAAGAUAUUAUAGCAAGAGUAGAUGCACUGCAAACGGAAUCAAUUGAGAAGCUAAAACAAUUGGUAUCGUUCGAUUCGUUGUUGGGAAAUGAGAAUGAAGCACAGAUCUAUAUGCACGAGAUAUUCAACCAGAUGGGUCUCAAAGUAGAUAGAUUCCAGGUGGAUCUCGAGAAAAUCAAACAUCUUCCAGGUUUCUCACCGGUCAACUGGUCGUACGACGGCAAGGAGAAUGUCGUUGGUAUUCAUGAGCCUGAUCCCGUACCCAUUGAAAUGAAAUCGAAGGGUGCCACCGGUAAAUCGUUGAUUCUCAAUGGACAUAUCGAUGUGGUGCCAACCGGACGUGACGCUCUCUGGUCGAAACAUCCGUUCUCACCGUACGUCAAGGACGGUCGUCUUUACGGUCGUGGCUCCGGUGAUAUGAAAGCCGGUAUAAUGUCAUUCGUGAUGGCACUGAGAGCACUCAAGGAACUCGGAUUCGUACCGGCAUCGAAAGUGAUCCUACAGACCGUGGUCGAAGAGGAAUGCACCGGAAACGGUACACUCGCCUGUUUGGAGCGUGGUUACAAAGCCGAUGGAUGUAUCAUUCCCGAGCCAUUCCCAUGGAUUGUCACCGGUCAGAUCGGUGUAGUAUGGUGCAAAGUCAACGUCCGUGGAAAACCAGCUCACACCCUUGAAAUGCAAGCCGGUAUCAACGCAAUUGACGCCGCCAUGUGGAAUGAGAAAUCAAAAUGUCAUGAUCUUUUUAAGAAAUUCCCACAUCCUCUUAGUUUCAAUCUUGGUCAGAUUCAAGGUGGUGAAUGGACUAGUUCAGUGCCAUGUGAAUGUAGCUUUGAAUUGAGAGCAGGAUUCUUCCCAGGUCAAUCUUGUGAGAGUAUACGUAAGGAGUUGACAGAGGUCAUUGAAAAGGCUGCUAAAUCAAAGAAUAUACCAUUCCAAAUCGAAUGGAAUGGAUUCCAAGCUGAAGGUUCAGUAAUGGAUCCAAGCAGUGAUUUAUUACAACAAUUAGCCGAAACACAUAAGAAUGUAUUAAAUAGAGAAGUAGCAUAUGAUCCAAUUCUAUGUACUACCGAUUGUCGUUUCUUUGAUCUCUACUAUGGUAUUCCAUCUACUUGUUUUGGUCCAGAAGCAAAUGCUAUUCAUGGUAUUGAUGAAAGUGUAAGUCUUGAAAGCUAUAGAGAUGUUACAAGAGUUCUUGCAUGUUUCAUUGCUGAGUGGUGUGGAUUGCAACCUGCUUCCAUCUAA